AUGGAUCCAGUUUACAACGAAAGAAGCAGGCUCACCAAAGAGUCAGACGUCUACUCCUUUGGAGUGGUUAUGUUUGAAAUGUCAAGAGGGACAUUAGUUUAUCGUGAAAAGUGCUUCGGAGAUGAUGCUAAGCCGCAAUAUCUCAUUGAUGUGGUCCGAAGCGUCUAUGACGAUGACAAAAAGGCUGCGGGGCCAGACAAGUCAAUUGAUCCUUUUAUUAAAGAUCAUGCUGAUAUGAACUCUUUUCAUACAUUUAACAAAAUUGCACAUGAAUGUGUUAACCUGAAGUUAGAGAAUCGUCCAACGUUGGAGAGGGUCAUCAGGAAAAUUGAGCAGUCAUUGACAAUUCAAUUGAAGCACCAGGAAUCUGCCUCUACUACCACCACACGACGCCUAGACAGUUUUCUAAUUCCACUUAAGGAAAUAAACUUGGCAACCCAAAACAUCAAUCAGGAAACACGUAUCGGAUCCUAUGAAUAUGGUGUUGUCCAUAGAGGACAGCUCUAUGAACGGUGGCAAAACCGCACCAUGGCUGUCACCCGCUUGAAUUCAAAAACCUACCUAAGCGCAUGGGGUCAAGAUUUUAAAAAGGAGCUCCGUAUGAUUUCCAGUCUUCAACAUCAAAACAUCUCCCCUUUCAUCGGUUAUUGUGACCAAGGCAAAAAGACAAUUAUAGUUCAUGAAUAUGAUGUCAAUGGAAACGUUGCCAAUUAUCUCGAAAACAAGAGGAAUAACUUGCCUAAACUAACAUGGGCACAACGCCUGAAGAUUUGCCUAGGGGUUGCAAGAGGACUCCAGUGCCUUCAUUUGGCUUUUGGGGAAGACAACCAAGCAACAUGUGGGAACAUUAACUGUGAAAACAUAUUGUUAGAUGAAACUAUGGAUGCCAAAAUUUCGUUUUUUGGUUUGUCAAGACAAAGUCACACAAACCCCAAACCCGACGAAUACAUAUCAGACAUGUACUCAUUUGGCGUAAUAAUGUUUGAACUAUUGAGUGGACGUCGGGCGCAUGAUCUAAACGAAUAUGCUAAACCAGAAGAGCAAUUUUAUCUAUUUCAAGAGUACUAUCGCAACAUUGAUCUCCACAUAUUCAUUGAUGAGUAUAUAAGAGAUCAAAUUGAUAGCCGUUGUUUGAAUAUAUUAAUAGAAGUUGCAUAUCGGUGCAUAAAGAAGAGCCAUCAGCUUUGCCCUUAAGUCGGUUGCUUGAUUCAAUUUGGUGUUCUGGUUGACUUUAAUAGUUCAUUGUUGUUGAGUUGUUGAUCGAAGUUUAGUAGUACCUUGCUGUUGUUGAAGUUCUUUUUUUGCUGCUUGUUCAUUUGUUUUUCCUCUGUUUGUUUGGUGUGGUUUUUAUGGUCUCUUUUCUUUUGUUGAUUGUUGUUGUUUUCUUCUUGGUUUUUGUACCUUAUUCAGCUCCAAAAAGAAAAAAAAAAUGAAGUCUUUUCCUUUAAAAAAUUCGGGUUGCUUGUAAGCACGGUUUAUUAUAUUCGAUCAAUUAUAUGUUUAUUGUAUUUUUUAUUAUUAAAACUUGUCUACUUUGCCUUCGUAAUCAAUAAAUUAAAGGACCAUAAUUUCGUUUUCUCGCUUAAAUAAAAAAC